AUGGAGAAGCAACGUGUAACGUUCCUGUGUUGCGCAAAUGCAUCAGGUGCACAUAGACUUAAACUUUUGAUAAUUGGUAAGGCCAAAAAUCCACGCAGUUUUAAAAACUUCGUUUGUCCUACGGAUUAUAAGAAUUCGAAAUCGGCCUGGAUGACGUCAGCCAUUUUUAAUUAUUGGUUCCAUCAAUCCUUUGUACCACAGGUGAAAUUGUUCCUAAAGAAGAAGAACUUGCCAAUGAAGGCGCUAUUACUUAUCGAUAACGAUCCCUCUCAUCCAAGCGAAACAGAAUUAAGAACUGAAGAUGGAAACAUAAUUGCCAUGUUUAUGCCACCAAAUGUCACCCCCCUAAUCCAACCAAUGGAUCAAAAUGCGAUUAAAAUAACAAAAUUAUACUACAGAAACAGCUUGUUAGCUUCGAUAGCAGCUAAAAACUCUAAUUUGCUUCAAUCAAUGAGAAAUGUAACUUUGAAAGAUGCUGUCACCCUUUUAUCUGUCGCAUGGAAUCGGGUCAGCACAGAAACUCUUGCCAAAUGCUGGAAAAAUAUUUUAAGUUUAGUUGGAAACGAUGAGGACCCUGAAGAUAACAUUCCACUAAGUAUUCUAAAAGAGAAAUGUGAUACAGAAAUUAAUUCUUUAAUGCAAAUGUCAGCCGAUCUCCUUCAGGACUUUUAA